GGAGGCACUGAGAAGAGGAGAGUCCUAGACACUCACGCUCACUUUCACACUCACUCACACUCACUCACACACUCAGAGGAGAGUGACAGACAGAGAAGUGAGUAAAGCGGUGUGCAGCGGGUCACUAUACAGCAGGCUUUGGGAGCUGGAGCAGCACUCUGGAGCGACUUUACAGGAACUGAGCUACACCAUGCUUGUGUGAAGAACUGCAUCGUGCGCGCGCGCGUGUGUGUGUGUGUAAUUCUUCAUCAAGUGUGUGUCAAGCGGAGUGCCAUGCAGUGCCAGGCCGAGUUCCGGCUCGCGCAGCCCGCGCAGCUCAAGGCGGCCCGGCGCCGAUACAAGACCUUCAUGAUCGACGAGAUUCUGGCCAAGGAGACGUGCGAUUACUUAGAGAAGCUGUCUCUGUACUCCGUGUGUCCGUCGCUGGUGGUCCGACCCAAAGCCCUGCAUUCAUGUUCCGGCCCGUCAUCACUCAGUACGUACCCAUUACUGUCAGUCAUCACCCGUCAGCCCCCUACUGGCCUGGCACACAUUCCCCAGCCCUCACCCCCUAAUCGGGUCACCCACCUGCCCAUAGUAUCGCCAAAGCAUGCGCUGCCAGGUGAGCCGGUGCCCAGCGAGACGCCCGUCAGCAUCAGCAGUGAGUCAGAGACGGAACACAGCGCCCCCAGGCUGAAGAAGCCACGUCGCAGUCGCACCAUUUUCACCGAGCUGCAGCUCAUGGGUCUGGAGAAGAAGUUUCAGAAGCAAAAGUACCUCUCAACACCUGACAGAUUGGACCUGGCUCAGUCUCUUGGUCUCACCCAGCUCCAGGUCAAGACUUGGUACCAGAACAGACGCAUGAAAUGGAAGAAACUGGUGCUAAAAGGAGGGCACGAGGCCCCUACAAAGCCCAAAGGAAGACCCAAGAAGAACUCCAUCCCCACCACAGAGGAGAUCGAGGCGGAGGAACGACGGCUCGCCCACCUGGCUGAGGAAGAGGAGCGGCUGAGGGAGGAAGUUCAAGAUGAGGUCGAGGAGCAAUCCAGAAAACAGGAAGAAGUGUUUCAGUCACAACCACAAGACCUGAGCACAAAUGGACAGGCUGAGAUUCUCCAUUCUCUGCCCCUGGAGGCAUCAGAUGGUGAACAAGUUCCUCAGUUAACACCAGAGAGCUAAAUUAGCAUCUGCAUUGUGCCAAAGACUGAGAGUACUAAAAGUACUUAGCGGCUCCGAUCACCGUAGUGCCAAAGACAUGAAAAGACAUUUGGCCUUGUUUAAGGAGCAGUGCUUUAGCGCUGUAAUGUUGUUUUAAACACUCAUUUGGCUCAUAUACAGUAUUUUAUGAUCACCCACAUGCAGCCAAAUGCACUUCAGGAAAAAUUUCCCCUGAACGCUGGUACUCCUGUACCAAACGGACAAAAAGUAAGUGUUUAUGUUUUAUUUUUCCUGAGUGAUUUGCUCUCCUACACCAUAAUGGCUGCCUGCUUUAUUGCCUCUGUUGAGAUUUGUGUCGUCUGUGUACAGCCGUGUCUCGUUCCCUGCCAAAGAUCAUAUGUCUGAAACAUAGAAAUACCAGUAGAGGUAAUAGUGCCUUUUAAUCAUCACGUUCAAGCUCUUUUUUUUUUCAUUAAAAGCCAUAAAUAUAUGAACGCAGGUUGACACUUGUAGACAUUUUUUUUUCUAUCAACAAAGGGGGUGUUUAAAAUUUAAAUAAGUUUAAAUACAUCAAGGUGUCAAGGUGUAGUUAAUAAUAAAACAAAAAGCUGAAAACAUUUUUUUGUAAGA